CGUUGGGGAGGAGUCGGAAAGGGGUGAGUCGUUGCCGCGGGGCCAGUGGUUCCCUUUGCCCUUCCAGCACCGUCCCCCAUCCCUCUGCGUUUCGCCUCCUCCCGCCGGGAGCCAUGGCCUCGGGACCCCGGAGGCGGGGUCGGGGCGCGGGGGUCCAGGCGGGUCCCCCUCUUGCCCCCUGCACCCCAUCUUCCUCCUCCCCCUCCGGGGUGACCCUGUACCUGGUGGAGCGGCGCAUGGGCCGGAGCCGCCGGGCCUUCCUCACCGGGCUGGCCCGGGCCAAGGGUUUCCGGGUGGAGGAAGUCUACAGCCCGGCGGUGACCCACGUGGUGCUGGAGCGCAACUCCGCUGCGGAGGCAGCCAGCUGGGCCGAGCGCGUGGUGGGGGGCGCGGGGGCCCCGCUCCUGCUGGACAUCAGCUGGUUCACCGACUGCAUGGCGGCCGGGCGGCCCGUCCCCGUGGAAGGACGACACCGGCUGGGGGUGCCACCGCCCAGGGCGCAGAUCGGCCCAGACCCCAUGCCAGCCUACGCCUGCCAGCGCCGCACACCCCUCACCCACCACAACCCACGUCUCACGGAGGCUCUGGAGACGCUCGCCGAGGCCGCGGCCUUCGAGGGCAGCGAGGGUCGCGGCCUCGCCUUCCGCCGGGCGGCGUCCGUGCUCAAGGCCCUGUCGGGUCCCCUGACCCACCCGAGCCAGCUGGAGGGGCUGCCCUACUGCGGAGCCCAUUCCUGCAGAGUCAUCCAGGAGGUGCUGGAGGACGGAGCGAGCCAGGAGGUGGAAGGAGUGCGGCGGUCCGAGAGGUUCCAGGCCAUGAAGCUUUUCACCCAGAUCUUCGGUGUUGGGGUGAAGACUGCUGACGGGUGGUACCGCGAGGGGCUGCGGACCCUGGGGGAUCUCCGGGAGCGGGGCAAGAGACUGACCCGGAGUCAGGAAGCAGGACUCCAGCAUUACGAGGACCUCAAUACCCCGGUUGAGCUGAGUGACGUGGAAGCCGUGCGCCGCGUGGUGGAGGAGGCCGUGCGGCAGGUGCUCCCUGGAGCCGAGAUCAUCUUGACUGGGGGCUUCCGGAGGGGGAAGCAGCACGGCCACGACAUCGACUUCCUGAUCACACACCCUGAAGAGGGCCGGGAGGCGGGGGUACUGCCCGACGUGAUGAGCCGCUUGGAGAGUCAGGGCCUGGUCUUGUACCAGCACUCACAGGAGAACCAUUACCGCACCCCCAAGGCCAUGGCCCGGCUGACCAGCCCGACCAACACCAUGGAUGCCUUCGAGCGAUGCUUCUCCAUCCUCCGGAUCUCCCGGCCGCCCCCGGGGGCCGCAAGCCGUGGACACCCCCGGGACUGGAAGGCCGUGAGGGUGGACCUCGUGGUCACCCCCGCCAGCCAGUUCCCCUUCGCCCUGCUUGGCUGGACCGGCUCCCAGCACUUUGAGCGAGAGCUGCGCAGAUUUAGCCGUCAGGAGCGGAAACUCACCUUGAAUAGCCACGGCCUGUAUGACCCGGAAAAGAAGACAUUCUUGCCCGCGGCUUCAGAGGAAGAGAUCUUCCGACACCUGGGGCUCGAGUUCAUCCCACCAGGAGAGAGAAAUGCCUGACAGUCCAGCCAGGGGCUACAGGGGGAACACUCAGGUGGGGACAGGGUGGGACGCAGUCUGACGUGGGCCCUCUCCUCCUCUCCAGCAGGGAUUGUUUUGGGCCCCUGCUGGGAUCCUGGCCGACCCAGCACUGCCGGUCCACUCCUAGGUCACCUGCCUGUUCUCCGCUCCCCGGACCUGGUGACUUGGUAGGCAUGGGGCCUGGGACAGCGGCCAGCCUGGGUUGCAGGGCCCAACCCCCCUCACCCUGCCUUCCUGGCACACGCAUCCCCCAGGAGCAGAGACUUACAAUGUGCUUCCCCAAUCCAUGACUGCCGGGGGCCCUCACGCUGGGGUCCUCAGAGGUUAGCCCCACCCUGGCCCAACUGCACUGACGCUUUGGUUCGUCUGGGACUGAUGCCCACCAAGCUAUGGUGAAGGAGAAUAAAGAGUGGUCUAUUUUCAGAGG